AUGAUUUUUGAACCUUGGGUACAGAAAAGAAGACUGGAAUAUGUAAAACAUGAUCAUUUAAUAUUGAGAAUAUUACAGCAUGUUCACAAGAACACCCUCCAAAGGAUAUUCACAACAAAUGGAACUCCAAAUGUGAGUGCCAUAAGGCAAUUAUAUAAGGAAAUAGAUCAAGAUGGGAGUAGUGGUAUAUCAGCUUCUGAAGUGAAAGACCUUUUACUGAAAAACAAAGUUACUGAAACCAAUUUCAAUGAGGAGAAAGAAAUAGAAGAAGUGUUGCGAAUUUUUGACCUGGAUGGUGACAAAAAAAUAACCAAGGAGGAAUUUGUUAGUGGAUUCACAAAAUGGCUUGAACAAACAAAGCAUGCUUUAGAGACACAGAACUUCAUUCUGGCAAGUAAUAAUGUUGAAAGCAUUGACAGUGAUGUGGUUGGUAGCCUUCUCACAGUAGAUGGCAAACCUGAUGAACAUGCUAUAAGAAGGUUAUUUGAGAAAAUUGAUCGCAACAGAGAUAACUUCAUUUCCCAAUCUGAGUUGAGAGAACUAAUCAUGAACAUCAAAUUUGUUAAAGCAUCAAUGGAAGUGGAAGAAGCAGUUGCUCUUGUCAUUGAAGAACUUGACAUUGAUAACGACCACAUAAUUAAUGAGGAGGAAUUUGUCGUUGGGUUUCAGAAAUGGCUUGGCUCUACUUCAGCUCCUGCUCCAGUGUCACAUUCUGAGCCUCAAGAAGACAUGUAUCAGACCUGGGAAGAGGCUGACAUGGUGGUGGAAGAGAUGCAAAGUAAAGCAGUAGUUGACAAAUCAAUUAGGGCAUGGCUUAAGGCCAUAUUAUAUGUGGUGCUAGGAAUUGCUAUGCUAUCCAUUUUGGCAGAGCCUCUGACAGAAAGUGUCCACAACUUCUCUAAAGGUGUAGGACUCCAUCCAUUCUUCAUGUCAUUCAUUCUAGUCCCCUUGGCCACAAAUGCUAGAGAAGCAGCUUCAGCAAUCAAAGAAGUAAGAGAUAAGAAGCCUAGAACCACCUCUCUUGCCAUUUCUGAGAUAUAUGGAGGAGUAUUCAUGAAUAACAUUCUUGGCUUCUUAGCAAUCUCAGUUCUGAUCUUAGUGGGACAAGUGACUUGGGAAUUCUCAGCUGAAUUUCUGGUUGUUGCUAUUGUUUGUGCUAUAACAGGCAUUGCUGCAAGUUUUCACUCCGUUUUUCCUCUAUAUUCAGCAGUUUUUGCAAUCCUCUUGUACCCAUUUUCCUUGGUUCUGGUUUUUGUACUUGACCAAGUUCUUAACUAUAAUUAA